CUAAAACUAUUUAUUUAUAUUUUAGAAGCAAAGCUCAAAGUUCUCGUCUUAGAUUGUCUAGCACACCCUUUUUGUCGCAUGAGAGAAGUAUUUGACUUGGAUAUUCCAUAUAAGAAAGUGGCAAUAGAAGAGUUUAAAUGUGCAUUAUCUGAUAUUAUUCAUAACUAUGAAAAAAUAGGUGAAAAACUGUUAAAAGAUUAUAAUAAGAUUUCUGGUUCGGGCCUAUAUGAAGUCGAUUGUGGAGUACGAGGCUAUCAAUCACAUCCUUCUCCAUAA